AUGAAAACUGGUACGAAAAAUGAAUUUUCGCUAACUACAACGAAUUUAAAAGUAUAUUUCACAAGUUUAAAAAAUGCAAUUUUAACAAUGGGUGAUAUGAAUGCUGCCAGUUCACGAAAAUGUUUUGAAAACAACACUUCAGAUAAACACAUGUCCAAUGCUUAUGAGCUAUUAUUACUUUGGCUACUGAAUUGUUUGUUAGUAGUAUAUAUUGAUAUAAAAAAGAUAGAACGCUUAAGUAAACCUUUACACUCUCAUACUACUACUACUACUACUACUACUACUACUACUACUACUACUACUACUACUACUACUACUACUACUACUACUACUACUACUACUACUAGUAAUAAUAAUAAUAAUAAUAAUAAUAAUAAUAAUAAUGAUUAA